AUAUUAAAACUCCAAGGCUGGAUUUUGACCUUUAAGAACAGACCUUACUAAUCAUUCUCUGAACUAUCCAUGAGCCUAGCAGGACUGGGCAAAGGGGAUCUCAGCCACGUGGGAUCUUCGGAUUUGGAGAGGCCGGGCAUCUACUCGCGUGUUGCGUGCCCACUGUGGAGCUCGCCGGCCGUAAUCUUUGCUAUGGCACAGCUUCAGGCUCGCUUCUUCACCAGCAACACGACAUAUAUGGUAGAUGAUGUUCCUUUUUCUAUCCAAGCUACCUCUGAAGUUGCUGACCUCAGUAACAUUAUCAACAAAUUGUUGGAAGCUAAAAAUGACGAUCACAAAUAUGUGGAAUUUGACUUCCUUGUCAAAGGACAGUUCUUGCGUAUGUCUCUUGUCAAACACAUGGAAAUGGAAAAUAUUUCAACAGAAGAUGUAGUAGAAAUUGAAUAUGUAGAAAAGUAUACUGCACCCCAGCCUGAAGAGUGCAUGCUACAUGAUGACUGGAUCAGUUCUAUUGAAGCUACAGAAGAAUGGAUCUUGACUGGUUCCUAUGAUCAGACUUCCCGGAUUUGGUCAGUAGAAGGCAAACCUAUCAUGACACUUGCUGGGCAUGUAGAUGUGGUAAAAGAUGUAGCUUGGGUUAAAAAAGACAGCUUGUCAUGCUUGCUACUCACUGCCUCUAUGGACCAGACUAUCCUCCUCUGGGAAUGGAACGUGGAAAGGAACAAAGUGAGGGCUCUUCAUUGCUGCAGGGGACAUGCAGGAAGUGUGGAAUCUGUAGCAGUGGAUAGUUCAAGGACCAAAUUUUGCAGUGGCUCCUGGGAUAAAAUGCUGAAGAUAUGGUCUGCAGUGCCUGCCGAUGAAGAAGAUGAAGCAGAGAUGGAGGAAGUAGUAAACAGACCAAGGAAAAAGCAAAAAACCGAGCAGUUGGGACUAACAAGAACUCCUGUUGCAACCCUCUCUGGUCAUACUGAAUCCGUGUCUUCAGUACUUUGGUCAGAUACAGAUGAAAUCUGCAGUGCUUCAUGGGACCACACAAUUAAAAUUUGGGAUGUUGAAACUGGAAGCUUUAAAUCCACUUUGACAGGAAACAAAGUGUUUAAUUCAAUAGCCUACUCACCACUUUGUCGGCGUAUAGCCUCUGGAAGCACUGACAGACACAUUCGGUUAUGGGAUCCUCGGAGCAAAGAUGGCUCUUUGGUGUUACUUUCUCUCACCUCACAUACUGGCUGGGUGACUUCAGUAAAAUGGUCUCCUACUCAAGAGCAGCAACUUAUCUCUGGUUCUUUAGAUAACAUUGUCAAACUCUGGGAUACAAGGAGUUGCAAAGCUCCUCUUUAUGACUUGGCGGCUCAUGAAGACAAAGUUUUCUGUGUGGAGUGGACCGAAGCUGGGUUGUUGCUAAGUGGUGGAGCAGACAACAAACUGUAUUGCUACAGAUACCAAGCAGCCACUUCAGAUGUUGGAGCAUGAAAGGAGGAUUCUGCUGGAUCUUCGUCUCAUAUAUGAACAGAAAGUGUCCUGCUAUUUGUAGAAAGGAUGUUCUGGAGCCAGUCAAAUGUGUACUCUUGUGGCAUGGAGCAAAACUCAUUUCCUUGUCUUUCUUCAGGGUUGAAAUUGCUGUCCUUGUAUUUAAAGCUUUUUUAAAUGUACAUAUAUGAACAGUACAAAAAAAUUUAACCAUUUAAACAUGAUACUGGAUUUCAGUAUAGUAUUUAUGUCAGUUACUAACAUAAUCUUAUUUGGUGCAACUAUAUUUAAAUGUUUCAAUUCAUUAUAAUUUUCAGCUUCCUAAACCAUUUGAGAAGAAAUGUCCUUAAAUUGGAAAUCUGUUUAUUGCAGACGGCUAAUGGUGAUUCUAUAAAAUGUAUGUUUUUAAGAAUUUUUAAUUAAAUAAAUACAUUUAGCUUUGAGAAGAAAUGAUAAGAUGAAAUGCAUGGUUAUUUGGGGGCGAGGGGGGGGGGAGAAACCUUUGAAGCCUUCCAUUUCAGCUGAGUUACGAGAAGCAACUAGAAUCAGGACAUUGUCAGUCUUACUCUUGGUUAAGACAUUUCCUACUGAUAGUCCCAAAUUCUUCACUAUUAUAUUACUGUACCUUGGAUAUCUAUUUGAGGAAGUCUUUGACGUUUUGAAUAUGAAAUAGGCUCUGGAAGCACGUGAUCCUCCAAGAGCCAAUUUGAGAAUUUCCUCUUACUACUUCAUGGACAUUCUCUGAAUGUCAUCCUUAAGAGACCGAACACUUAGCUGCAGAGAGUUAGAGGUGACAAUACAUACUUCUGCUCAUAUUUCUUUCUGAUAGCGCCUUGCUCCAUAUAAAUGCCUUUUCCUCUUCUGCCCAAAUGAAGUCUUGAAUACCGUAAAUGCCGGUGUAUAAGGCGACUUCCGCAAGCGCUGAAAUCGGCGCCAAAGACGGGGGUCGUCUUAUACGCCGAGUCGUCUUAUACGCCAGAAAUACUGGUAGUUUCCGGCGUAUAAGACGACGUUCUAGGAAUGCGGCCCAGCUAUAAAGACGGGGGUCGUCUUAUACGCCGGGUCGCCUUGUACGCCGGCAUUUACGGUAUUUUUAGACUGUUCCUUAAUUACCUAUGUAAUAUUCUGCAAAGUACCUCUUCUUUGACACCCAAAAGUAGUUGCUUUUAAAGGAUUUUUGUGGUGUGUCAGUCUGGCCUUUCUAAAGUCCUGGACAACAUUUAGCAUGGAUUCCUUGGCCUCUUGCCUUUGACCUUAUAACCGGGUCCCUCUUGAUACUUUAGCAGUGUAAGUGCAUCUUUAAAGAUAGCAGAAGAUUCCCAAUUCAACAGAAAACUCUUUUAGUAACCAGUAACAUUUGUAAAAGACUUCCACUUUGGGGCCAUGGAGAAAGUAGGGGGAUGGGGGGGUUGAGUGUGCUUCUCAUUGCUUAAAAAAGUGUUUUUAGUAAUAACAUUUUAUUAAUUUAUCAAAAUAUAAAACAAAAAUACAAGGAAAAGCGAAAAUAAUAGUCAAAUAAGGGAGGGAAAGGAGAAAAGAGAAAUGUGUAGAGUAGAGGGGACAAAGAAAAAAAAUAGAAAAUUAAACAGUUUGAAAGGGUACCAGGCAGCUCAUAUCAUCAUUUGUUUGUUAAAUGUAUAUCAUGUGUUUCAUUCAAGAGCUUGUGCAGAGUGCUCCACACCCCCCCCCUUUUUUCCCCAUAAUAAAAACAGCUGAGUGGGUUGAUCAGCCAAAGUCACGCUGUAUGUUUCCAUGGCCAAGGAUUGAUCUGAAGCAGCAUCUCCCUCAUGUUAGUGCAGCAACCUAAUCACUCCAUCAUAUUAGCUCUUAGUAGUUCUCCCUGUCCAGAUUUAGUACUCCAGACUGAUGUAAAUACAGGCACAACUAUUCACUUACUGACCAUUCAAAGUUACAAUGGCACUGAAAGAGCUAGUAAAAUUUGCUGUCCUCAAUAACCUUUGUAUUUGGUUUGCAGCUUGAUGCAACUAGUCACCAUGCUCUCUUUUUAUAUGUAUUGUUUUUAUGUUUAUAUGUUGUCCAGGAGCCAAGCAUAUUUCAAACUGAAUAUAGGUCAAAUCCUAGUUGGGUAUAGCAUGGAAUCUGUCCAGCUAAGCAUAUUUCUUGGUUAGACUACAAAAAUGGAUUUUCAUGUGUAUCAGGAUAAUUUGUUUUCAAGAGUGGGUGGGGAGCAUCUACAGUUAAUCCAAUGUGCCUUUCAUUUUCAACAGCCUAAUUUUAUUCCAUCUGGUGACUGAAGCCUGAGAUUCAUCAGUAGUCACACUUUACACUCAAAUGGAAUACAGGGCCAUAUUUGAGCCUUCUGCAGCACUGAAUGUUGCUAUGUAUUAAGCUUGUAUGUCCCAAAAGAUGCAUUUUUUUCAAAGGGAAAAGUAACCUAUUCCUCAGCACAAUCUAUUAGAAUAGGAGAAGAAAGGAGCAGUUAGGGCUGGAAGUUGUUUCUACUUUUUUCCAAUUUCUAGAGCAAAUUUUAAAUAGUUUUCUGAAUAUUGGGGAGGAAUGGUAUUGUCUUGACAGAUUGGGGAGGCUGACUCAGCUUGUAUCUGUUGAGCAUAUUUUGUAUUCCAAAUAGUAUUAAUUAAGCGAUGAAAUGAUAUUUAGGAUUUGGUAUGUAUAACUUUUGCAUAUAUGAUAUGGUUUACCUGAUCUGAUUCUUUUAGGGUUACAUAUUUACAAUACGUAAUUCUUCCAAGAAUUUUUUUUCCUCAUGUGCAGAAUCAAAUAAGCAGAGAAAUUGAAAAUAUUUGGGAAAAAGAAUUUUAGGAAAAAGAAUUUUAACUGUAGUUAUUCUAGCAUGCUAUGCUGAAGUAAAAUAAUCUUAAAUUCUUUUCUGCUGUGGCAAAAAAAGUCAUAAUUACUUUUCCUUCUUUGCUGUCUGUCUUUUGUAAUUCCUAAAUAUCUAAUCCACGUGGAAUAAUAAAAUUUGGUUGAUUCUG